AUGUCACGCGUAUCCGACCUCGAGGGGGACGUCAAGUCAAAACUUGACGUCAAUCACGUUGAGCACACGGAUGCAGACUACAGCCGCAAUAUCGACGCAAAAAUCCGCAAUCCACUCAUCGGAGUCUCAAAGACAGAUCUUCGCGUUCAGGUGUCUGGAUUCUGCCGCGAGUAUGGCUUCCGCGAAAAAGAGGAAGUCUUUUAUCGCGGCGCUCUCGCAGCUCAAAACCCAGAGACGUACGAUUCGUUCGAAGAACUGACUGAGGACGACAAAAAUGUGCUCCGCCGGGAGGUCACCCACAAAUGGCAUCUUCCCCGGGACCUCUACUGGAGCAUCGCCCUCUGCUCACUCGGCUCUGCUAUCCAGGGAUGGGAUAACACGGGUGCCAACGGCGCCAACCUCUCUUUCCCUCAAGAGUUCGGUAUCGUGGACAGGCAGGCACUAGUUGGUGUCAUCAACGCCGGCCCGACCUUGUUCGGUCUCCUGAGCGCAUGGGCUGCCGACCCUAUUAAUAACUACCUAGGUCGCCGCGGAACGAUCUUUUUGACCGGUCUGUUUUGUGUGUUUCCCGUUCUUGCCCAGGCUUUUACGCAGAAUUGGUGGGGCCUCUUGAUUUGCCGUUUGUUUAUGGGCCUAGGAAUGGGAGUCAAGAUUUCAACAAUUCCGGUAUACUCGGCCGAGGUUGCGCCUGCUGCUAUUCGCGGCGGAAUCGUCACUAGCUUCCAGCUGUGGGUCGCGUUCGGUAUUUUCGUCGGCUUCUGCUCCAACUUGAUAUGGUUUCGUAUCGGCGAUUUAGCAUGGAGAUUCCAGUUGGGUGCCGCAUUUGCUCCUGCUAUUCCAGUUCUUAUCUUUGUUUGGUUCUGCCCUGAAUCUCCUCGUUGGUUGAUGAAAAAAGGUCGCUACCAAGAGUCCUUCAAAUCCUUCUGUCGCCUUCGGAAUACCGAAAUGAUGGCUGCCAGAGAUUUGUACUAUGCCCAUAGGCAAGUCAUUGAAGAAAAAGACGCGUUCGGUGGCCAGACGCUUUUACGGCGAGUGACCGAUCUGCUUGUCAUUCCCCGCCUCCGCCGUGCAACCAUCGCCUCAUCUUGGAUAGUAAUUUCGCAACAAUUCAGCGGGAUUAACAUCAUGGCCUUUUACUCUUCGACAAUCUUUGAGCAAGCUGGCUAUUCCGCCCAACAAUGUCUCCUCGCCUCUAUGGGAUUCGGCCUCGUCAUGUUUGUCUUCGCCUUCCCGGCGGUGUACAUGAUGGAUACUUUCGGCCGAAGGAAUCUCCUUCUUAUCACCUUUCCUAACAUGGCUUGGUGCCUAUUAGCCUCGGGCCUUUGCUUCCUUAUCAAUCAAGGUUCAAGCUCGAGAGUACCACUCAUUGCAUUCUUCAUCUAUCUAUUCACAGCAAUGUACGGGCCAGGCAUGGGCCCUCUCCCAUCCAUUUACUUUUCAGAGGCUUUCCCUCUGUCUCAUCGUGAGAUAGGCUCAGCAUUCACGAUCUGCGUCAACAAUGCGGUUGGUAGUGCCCUCACUUUAACCUUCCCCGAGCUUUUACACAGGAUUGGGCCGACUGGGGCAUUCUGCUUCUAUGCCGGUCUCAACCUGCUCGCUUUCAUCGUCAUCUUCUUCCUCAUUCCAGAGACAAAGUGGGUCCAUCUUCAUAUCGCUCAGAAAGCCAGAAGCAAUUACUCACUCUUGGUACCAGGCAACGGACACUGGAAGAGCUAG